AUGGCUUACACGAUUGUGUCUGAGCUAAGACAUCCUGACACUUAUACAUCGUAUUUAAUCUUACAGGCUGUUCAAGUGAUACCAGAGAGGGCCAAAGUAGUAUACGUAAAUAAAAAAUACUUCUAUAACUACACCUUUGAUGUCAGACGAUAUAGCAGGAAGAGCGGUUACCAGAUCAAUAUCGAGUCCACCUUGAAACAUCAAUGGACUAAUAAUGUUUCGAUACAUAUUUCAUUCUACGAGUAUCUUCACAAUGAAUACAGACGGUCGUUUAUAGAAUUUAAUUACAAGUAUUGUGAUUUACUGAAAUAUGAAAAAUAUUUCACUCCUGCACUUCUUACGUAUGGCAUCACGUGUCCUCUUCCGCCUGGAACUUAUCGCUUCUCGAACAUGACGGUGCCGAUGGAGAAUUUCCCGAACGUAUUUCCCUUCGAGAAAGCCCGUGUUGACAUCGAGAAUUUUGCUGCCAACGAGUCUAUGCUCCAGCUACAAUUGUACGCAUCUUUCAAGAAUAAAAUUUCGAGAAAUUAAAUAAAAUUAUAAAACUAA